AAACAAAUUCAUUUCGCCACCUACCCCUACAACGUUGCCCCAAAAAAUUUAAAAUAAAAUAAAAAAAAUAUAUAGCAGAGUUGCAAAAAUAAGAAAUAAAAAAUCACUCACUUUGCACACUUCCUUGCUUCCGAUCGUUUUUUGACCAAGAUUGUUGAGUAAGUCUCUCUCUCUCCCCAUUUAUACAGAAGAAGAUAGAUAGAGCCGAUAUAUGAUUGGAUAUAUGUGUAUAUAUGCAUGCAAUUGAGUAGUUAUUUGAAUUAUUGAUAUGGGGAAUAAGAAGCGAAAUCUCGCUCCGCGCUCCAAAUCCUCACAGCCACCGUCCGACGUGGCGCCGUCCUCUGCAAUUGUUGCCGUCGACGGUGCUGCAACGUUUUCGGAUAAUAUACAAAAUCCCACCACAUACAUAGCUGAAAAACUCGAGGCCCUAAAUUUGGAAAGUAAGAACGAUGCAAUUGCAAACCCUUCAUCGUAUAGUGCAAUCAAGUUUGAAUGUGAGAAGGCACUCACGUCACUGCGGCGGGGGAACCAUACCAAAGCCCUAAGGUUGAUGAAGGAUUUAUGCUCUAAACAUGAGAAUUCCCCUCACUCGGCUUUGAUUCACCGUGUUCAGGGGACUGUUUGUGUGAAAGUAGCCUUGAUUAUUGACGACCCGAAUGCCAAACAGCGGCAUUUGAAGAAUGCGAUUGAGAGCGCGAGGAAAGCCAUGACUUUGUCCCCGAAUUCUAUUGAGUUUGCACAUUUUUAUGCGAAUUUGUUGUAUGAGGCGGCAAAUGAGGGAAAGGAGUACGAGGAGGUGGUGCAAGAGUGUGAGAGGGCAUUGGCAAUUGAGAACCCUGUGGACCCUGCCAAGGAGAGCUUGCAAGAGGAGAGCCAGCAGAGGAUCUCUACAUCCGAGGCUCGAGUUGCCCACGUGCAAAGUGAGCUUAGAUCUUUAAUUCAGAAGUCGAACAUUGCAUCAAUUUCAACGUGGAUGAAGAAUUUAGGCAAUGGGGAGGAGAAGUUUCGUUUGAUUCCAAUAAGGAGGGUGGCAGAGGACCCAAUGGAAUUGAGAUUGGUGCAGGCUAGAAGGCCAAAUGAGAUUAAGAAGGCAACUAAGACUCCUGAGGAACGACGGAAGGAGAUUGAGGUGAGGGUAGCCGCAGCUCGGCUUUUACAGCAGAAGUCCGAGUCUCCCCAGUUGGGAAAUGGGGAAAAUAAUACCAAGUUGUUGGAUUCUGGUUCUGGGUUGGGGCAGAGAGUGGCAGAAAGAAGGAAAAGUGGGAAUGUGAGGAAAAAUUCGUCUUCAGCUGAGAGAAGGGACUUGGUCCAGUCAUAUUGGAACUCAAUGAGUUUGGAUGGGAGGAAAGAGUUGCUUAGAGUUAGAAUAUCGGAUCUCAAAGCUCAUUUCGGUCUGUUAAAGGACUUGUCUGCAAGCGAGGUGCUUAAUGAAGCUUUAUCUUUUGGUGAAUUAAACAAAGUAUGGAAAUUUUGGAAAUGCUGUCACUGCAACGAGAAAUUUACUAGUGGAGAUUUGUACAUGCAGCAUGUUGUGCAGGAUCAUAUGGGGAUUUUGAUACCCAAAUUGCAGUCGAUUUUACCCCAAGCUGUUGAGAAGGAGUGGGCCGAGAUGCUUCUUAACUGUUCUUGGAAACCGUUGGAUUUAACUGCUGCAAGUAGGAUGCUCGAAAAACAUUCAAAAUCUGAGGUACCUGAUUUUCAUGACGACUCGUACACAAGAAAUGACUCAGAUGAUUCCAAAGAAUGUUUUGUUGACUCUUAUUGCAGUGAAUAUGAAUGGGAAUCAUCAAUUGGAAAGAAGGAAUUGGAUGAUAAUUGCAAUGCUACUACCCAAGAGAGCAGGGAAUAUGAAGAUGUUGAGUGGAUGCGUUAUGAUGGUGAUCAAGACAGUAAGGAAAGUCUCAUUAAUAAAAACUGGCCUUCGUCUGAUGAUCCUGAGCGUGCAAAGCUUCUUGAAAAAAUCCAUUCCAUAUUUCAGGCUCUUAUCAAACAGAAGUAUCUUGCUUCAAGUCAUCUUAGCAAGGUUAUACACUUUGCAGUGGAGGAGCUGCAAGGUGUCUUUGGUUCUCUGCUUCUUAAUUCCAAUGUGGACCAAACACCUCUGUGCAUCUGCUUUUUAGGUGCUUCAGAGCUCAAGAAAAUCUUGAAUUUUUUGCAGGAAAUUUCUCAUUCUUGCGGACUAGGUAGAUAUUCUGAUAGAAAUAAUCCCACCGGUGAUUUAAACAGCGGCAUGAAGGAUGUUGACCAUGGGGAGCGGGUAAUUCUUUGUCCAGGGACUUCGUUUUUGGUGCUUGAUGAGCAUUUUCUUCCCUGCAAGCUCUCUCCUUCAUCAUGCGAUAAUGCUGAUAGUAAUGAUUCUAGUGCAGCAACUGCAUCAUGUCUCAACUUUGAGAAUGGGGUUGUACUUGAUUCAGAUGCAUUGCUAUCCUGGAUAUUUACUGGUCCCUCAAGUGGGGAACAAUUGGCAUCCUGGAAGCGUACAAGAGAAGAGAAAGCACAGCAAGGUAUGGAAAUUCUUCAGUUGCUUGAGAAGGAAUUUUACCAUCUUCAGGGCUUGUGUGAGAGAAAAUGUGAGCAUUUAAGUUAUGAGGAGGCGUUGCAGGCUGUUGAGGAUUUCUGUUUGGAAGAGGGCAAGAAAAGAGAUCAUGUUACGGAUUAUGUUCGCCAAAGUUAUGACUCUGUCCUGAGGAAGCGUCGAGAAGAACUCAUUGAGCAUGACAAUGAAAUGACCAGAAUCAGCAAUAGGUCCGAGUUGGACGCAAUCACAAAUGUUUUAAAGGAUGCUGAAUCCUUGAAUGUCAACCAGUUUGGCUUUGAGGAAACUUAUACUGGUGUGACAUCUCAUCUUUGUGACAUAGAAUCUGGUGAAGAUGAUGACUGGGGAAUUAAGGACUAUUUGCAUCAGGUGGACUCUUGCAUAGAAGUGGCAAUACAGAGACAGAAAGAACAAGUUUCUAUUGAGCUCAGCAAAAUUGAUUCAAGAAUCAUGCGAAUUAUGACCGUGAUGCACCAGUUCAAAGUUAAGCUUGAGCCUGAGGCUGCCGAUGAUUUUCAAGCAAUCUUAGUGCCUCUAGUGAAAUCAUUUUUGCGGGCUCAACUGGAGGAUAUGGCGGAGAAAGAUGCCACUGAGAAAUCUGAUGCAGCCCGAGAAGCAUUUUUAGCAGAACUUGCUCUAGAUUUUAAUAAGGGUGUUGGGGGAGGUGAGAACUUAAAACAUGCGCAUGAGAAGACGAAGGAUAAGAAAAAGAACAAGGAUAAUCGGAAAAACAAGGAUUUAAAGGUCAUUGGUUAUGGUGAGCUGAAUAUGCUUCGUGAUCAGACAUCUGAAGAGAUAUCACUUCCAAAUGCUCAUGAUGGAGACAAUCCAGAUGCAGACAGUGCUGUAGCUGGGAAUGAUGAUGCUUUGAGACUACAGGAAGAGGAAUACAGACGCAUUAGUGAACUAGAAGCAGAGGAAAGAAAGCUUGAAGAAACUCUGGAAUAUCAAAGACGUAUCGAAAAUGAGGCAAAACAGAAGCAUCUCGAGGAACUGCAUAAGAAGAUAUCCAGAACAAUUCCUGAAAAGAUGGAAGCAGUUGCAAUGCCUGAUACUGACUUGAUGCACAAUUAUGAUGUCCAAGAUGCCAAUGAGCCAUGUACAAAUGGCAAGGAAACCUUAAUACAGAAGGAUGAAUUUAUGCCCAUUCCGGAUAGUCUGCUGAAGAACACCACCAACGGGACUGCACGGAGAACUGGCUUAAACAAUGGAGGAGUUCUGAAAGAUGGUGUUUUACCUUCUGACCGAAGCUCACGCAGGAGAGGUAGACGGCAAAAGACUCCGACUAGAUUAAGUGAUGGAAAGUAUCAACCAGUCUCUUCAGAGAAGCAAAAUACUGAAGUUGGUCAACUAAGAUCUACCCACAGAGUCUCUGAAGAAUGCGAUACUGGAACAAAGACAUUGAGACAGCUACAAGCAGAGGAUGAUGAAGAAGAGAGGUUCCAAGCUGACCUUAAGAAAGCUGUACGGCAAAGUCUUGAUACGUUCCAUGCACGUCGAAAACUGCCUUUGAUGUCAGGUUCACCAAUGCCACAAAAGAUGCUCCCUGAAAUCAGUUACUCGGUUGUUUCAUCUAUUGAAGUCCCUAGUGAUGGUGUUAAUGGGACAGAUGGAUAUGGUACGGGGCUGAAAAACGAAGUUGGUGAAUAUAAUUGCUUUCUGAAUGUCAUAAUACAGUCCUUGUGGCAUUUAAGACGUUUCCAAGAAGAAUUUUUGAGGAGAUCAUCUUCGGAUCAUGUUCAUGUGGGUGAUCCUUGUGUCGUAUGUGCUUUGUAUGAAAUCUUCAUGGCUUUGAGCAAGGCGUCCGUAGAUACACACAGAGAAGCUGUUGCACCUACUUCUUUAAGAGUUGCUCUAAGCAAUUUGUAUCCUGAUAGCAAUUUCUUCCAGGAGGGUCAGAUGAAUGAUGCUUCAGAAGUGCUGGGGGUUGUGUUUGAUUGUCUACAUCGCUCAUUUACUCCUGCACCUUCUGUGUCUGAUACUGAAUCGAUAGAUAGCAACUGUAUGGGCUCCUGGGAUUGCACAAGUGGUGCUUGUGUUGCGCACACACUUUUCGGAAUGGACGUAUUAGAAAGAAUGAAUUGCUACAACUGUGGUUUGGAGUCCAGAUAUUUGAAGUACACAUCUUUCUUUCACAAUAUUAAUACCAGUGCUCUCAGAACAAUGAAGGUUAUGUGCCCAGAAAACUCCUUCGACAAACUUCUAAACCUUGUUGAGAUGAAUCACCAGUUAGCUUGUGAUCCAGAGGAUGGUGGCUGUGGGAAGCUAAACUAUAUUCACCAUAUUCUCUCAGCGCCACCCCAUGUUUUCACUACAGUUCUGGGUUGGCAGAAUACUUGUGAGAGAGUUGAGGACAUAACAGCAACAUUAGCUGCCUUGUCAACUGAGAUUGAUAUAAGUGUCCUUUAUCGUGGUCUUGAUCCAAAAAGUAAACAUUGCUUGGUUUCAGUGGUAAGCUUUCUUAGCCCUUGUUCAAUUAUAAACAACAUCUGUCAAACCUACUUUUUAUCCCCAUAGGACCUAUAAGCACUGCCAACUUAUUCAACUCUCAUUUCUAUCUAUUUAUAAUUUAAACCAAUUAUAAUCUAUAACCAAACAAGCUUUUAAUCUUCUUCUAUAUAAUUUGGGUUUUGUAUAUUUUUCUUUUUAUUAAACCUUGUAAAAGUGGUAGAGCUUAGGGAAUGAGAGUUUUAUUUUUCUUCUGCAUGUGUAUGUUCUUUGCAAAGAAAUGGGUACGGUCUCAAGUUAUCGUGCAAAGACAUUGCCCUAGCUAAUCCAAAGUGCAGUGAGUGCCAGUGUCCAGUAAAAUCCAUUUAUAAUCUAUUCAAAUUUAAUUAUUGUGUGUAGAUAAAUGAACUUUCAUAACUGAAAUUUACCAUGUAUUUGUGUAAAUGGAUUUAUCUACUAUGGUCAAAAAUCUGUCAAACCCUGGGCAAGAUGUUUAGGUCUACACUUAGAACUU